GUUGCUAAGAGAUCGUAAACAGUGCUCAGGCUGUAGCAAAAGAUGUGUGGCUGUGCGUCUAGCGCUGCGGACAAAAAGUCAUAUUCUCUAAAUCAGCCGGGAGAUGCUUCUUCUUCGAAGAAAGGCACAAAUUCAACUUCCAAAAAGAUGGCCAAACCUAUUCCAAUAUCCAAGCAGCUGGCUUCUGUAAAAGCUCUAGGGAAAGGCUCGGAUCUGGAGAAAGCUGUUGCGACAGCAGCCUUGGUUUAUGACAACGUUGCAGACACAGAGGGAAAGCUCAGCAAAGCCGAAGCAAAAAAGUUGCUCGAGACUCAGUUUGUGCAUUUUAUGCAGGGUCAGGAAACCAAACCAAAAUACCAAGAGAUCAUUUCUGCUCUCGAGGAGAACAGGGACGGCGAAAUGGACUUUGAAGACUUCAUGGUUCAGUUGCUUAGCCUCACCCUGUUGUCUGAUCUCCGGGAGGAGAUCCGAAAUGUGAAAAAAACAAAGUGAUAAAGGAUGCUGGAUAGAACAGGUCUUUU